CUCACUGCCUCUUCUCCUCCCUAUAAAUCGCUGGCCGUUGCCGCUUUGCUUCACCGCAACGAAAUCCCCCUCGACAGGAAGAACAAUGCCAGCUGCCCGGCAACACCUGUUCCUCCUCUGCCUCCUCCUCCCCAUCUCCUUAUCCUAUGAAAUCCAGCUGAUACUGGUGAACAACUGCAAUUACAGCGUGUGGCCUGGAGUGCUCGGCAGCGCCGGUCAUGCAACACCAGAGGACGGCGGCUUCCACCUCGGCCUCGGCGAGGAGGCGGUCUUCGACGUGCCGAGCUGGUGGUCGGGGCGGGUCUGGGGCAGGCAGGGCUGCGGUUUCGACGGCCAAGGGAAAGGGAGCUGCGACAGCGGCGACUGCGGCGGGAUGCUGCAGUGCAAGGGCGCCGGAGGAGCGCCACCGGCGACGGUGGUGGAGAUGACCUUCGGCACGGACCGGUCACCUCUCCACUUCUACGACGUGAGCCUGGUCGACGGCUUCAACCUCCCCGUCACCAUGGCCCCGGUCGGGGGAGGUGUUGGCUGCGGCGUGGCCGGGUGCGAGGUGGACUUGAACGUCUGCUGCCCUUCCAAGCUCGAGGUGAAGCGGAACGGGAAGGUGGUGGGGUGCAAGAGCGCGUGCUUGGCGCUGAAGGCGGACAAGUACUGCUGCACCGGGGACUACGGCUCGCCCAAGAUCUGCAAACCCACCCUCUUCUCCCAUCUCUUCAAGUCCAUUUGCCCUCGUGCUUACAGCUUCGCCUUCGACGACUCUUCCAGCCUGAACAUAUGCAGGGCAUCGAGAUACCUCAUCACCUUCUGCCCUCCUGCAAGAUAGAUAGAUAGAGAGAGAGAGAGAGAUGCAUGUGUUCUGUGAAAUGUAAGCAGGACCUUCAUAUGUUAUUUAGCUGUUACUGUUCUACUGGUAGAUGUAUCUUCAGCA